AUGCAACAACAACAACAACAUCAGCAACAUCAGCAACAACAACAACAACAACACCAACAACACCAACAGCAACAACAACAACGGCCCGGAGUCCCACCGGCAAUGAUGGGAAUGGCGCCGAUGAACUAUCCGUUCGGUCCCGGUGGGCCUAUGAUGGGCAGGAUGCCACUACAACCAAUGCCACCACAACCAAUGCAAACUCCAAGAGGUCCAAUGAUGCAUCCAGUCAAUCGCAUCCAAAUAGCCAAUCAACAACAGCCUCAACAAAUCCCUAUAGCGCCACCACCCGUCCCAUUCAAUGCAUACAAUCCGAUUCAACAGCUGGGACAAAACUCGCAACCCGGCCCGUCCAAUCAAAACAAUGAAGCCGGACUAUCAUCAGAUGAGACGCAAUCACGGAAAGGACGAUCGUUUCCCUACGAGUGGUACUUUCGGUGUGGACUGUGUCGAGGGGAUUAUGGAAGUGAUGGGAAAAAUCGGCCGUGUUUUCUAAACGGUGACCACAUUUGCGAGAGUUGUGCUGACUUUGAGAUCGAAAAUAGCGGCAAUGAAUCCCGGAAAAUCAUCUACUAUGCGUUUGUGGACGUUUUGUCGAUCUCGAAAGAUCCGAAAGCGUUGCUCAAUCUGUUGACGGGCGAAGUGCAUCGCGAGACAAAUCCAUUCGAAUGCUCGGUUUGCAUGGAGAAUUAUAACACCGCUCAAAACGCGCCGACGGUGAUGACGUGCGGGCAUGCGGUCUGCUUGCAUUGCUAUAAUAUGAUUGAGAACUGCCCUCGUUGCGGAUUGGUGUUGGUGAAAAGCGGGAAUUCUGGAAAUGAUGAGGAUGUGCCCGGCCUUUCAAUCCAACAGCCACGCCCUUUCUAUCAAGGCAAUCCCGGGAUGCCCAGGAACCAAAUGGAGCCGAUGUACGGCGGACAAUUUCCACACUUUGGAUAUGGGCAAAAUCAGGGAUAUCAACAAAAUCAAGGGAACAUGAUGGCUGCAAACAAUCAACCCCCACAAGAUUCGAUCGUUCUCGUGCUCACUAAACAUUUCCGAAGCUUUGUCACGCUUCUCGUUGCUGCCCAUAGCCGCAAAAGGAAACGCGCACAAGAGGAAGAAGAAGAGGAUGAACAUAACAAUUCAUUGACGGACUCGCAACCCCCGGCCACACCCGAGCAGAAUGUGCCGAAAGUUUCGUGUGAGGAAUGCAAGAGAAGCGUUGAUUUGAAUGACAUGUUCAAUUGUUUGACGUGCAAUGAAAAGAAGGUCUGUUCCCGUUGCAUGUUCCGAAAACACCAAAAGGAAAUGGGACACGAAGUCAGAGAACUCGUCAAUGAGAAGAUCAAUGGAAUGCUGAAGGAAACGCAACUUUUCACUGACAAUCAAUACGAGACUUAUUUGGGAAUUGUGCCGAAUCUCAAUCAGAAAAUUAUAGAGGAAUUCAAGAGACUGCCAGAUCUUCUCACCACAGCAUACGACUCGAUCGGUUCCAAUUCCCAUUCCAGCUUCGAUGCAGCGAAAGAAAAAUUGAACGAUUGUCGGCGAAUUGGGAAAAGAUUGGAGAAAAUAUCCGAGGAUUAUGUGCCACAAGCAAGGAAAUAUAUCAAGAGAUUGACGGAGCUCGUCGAGUACGCGCAGAUGAAAUUCCCGAGCCCCAUUGACCCAUUCCACCGGGUGAAAUCCGAAGCUAUCACCCCUCCGCAUCAAGAUGUUUCCCAAUCAAAUUCCUCUCCUUUCAAUCAUCGUCACGAUGAAAUGUUUUCCGAAGAAAACCAUUAUUCUUUUUUUGAA